AUGGAGACUCAACCAGAGACGCAAGACUCAUCAUCCAAACCGGAAACUCUCAACGAUUGGCUUCCCAUUACCAAGUCUCGCAAUGCUAAGUGGUGGUACUCUGCCUUCCACAAUGUCACUGCCAUGGUUGGAGCAGGAGUUCUGGGUCUUCCGUAUGCUAUGUCUGAACUUGGAUGGGGUGCUGGUACUGUUAUCAUGAUAUUGUCAUGGGUGAUCACUCUUUAUACUUUAUGGCAAAUGGUGGAGAUGCAUGAGAUGGUUCCUGGGAAGAGAUUCGACAGGUACCACGAGUUGGGGCAGCAUGCCUUUGGUGAAAAGCUGGGGCUGUGGGUAGUGGUGCCUCAGCAAUUGAUGGUGGAAGUUGGUGUCAACAUUGUGUAUAUGGUCACAGGUGGAAAAUCAUUGAAGAAGUUCCAUGACACCGUUUGCCCUAACUGCACAGACAUCAGAACAACUUACUUCAUCAUGAUCUUUGCAUCAGUUCACUUUGUGCUCUCUCAUCUCCCCAGUUUCAACUCCAUCACCGCUGUCUCUUUUGCUGCUGCUAUCAUGUCCUUUAGCUAUUCUACAAUUGCUUGGGUAGCCUCCAUUCACAAAGGGGUUCAGCCAAGUGUGGAGUACAUUGAAAGGGCCUCAACCAGUGCAGGGCAAGUGUUCGGCUUCUUCAGUGCUUUGGGAGAUGUAGCCUUCGCCUUCGCUGGGCAUAAUGUGGUCUUGGAGAUUCAGGCAACAAUCCCAUCCACCCCGGAGAAGCCAUCCAAGAAACCCAUGUGGAAAGGGGUGAUUGUGGCCUACAUCGUGGUUGCCUUGUGCUAUUUCCCAGUUUCCUUCAUUGGCUACUGGGUGUUUGGGAACAGUGUCGAGGACAACAUUCUGAUUUCGUUGGAGAAACCCGCUUGGCUUGUUGCAACUGCGAACUUGUUCGUUGUCAUUCAUGUCAUUGGAAGUUACCAAGUCUUCGCAAUGCCAGUUUUUGACAUGGCAGAAUCAUAUCUUGUCAAGAGGAUGCAUUUCACCCCAAGUCUAAUGCUUCGCAUCAUUACACGCACUUCAUACGUUGCCCUUACCAUGUUCCUUGGAAUGACUUUCCCUUUCUUUGGUGGACUGCUGAGUUUCUUUGGAGGCUUUGCUUUCGCUCCCACGUCAUACUAUCUUCCUUGCAUCAUAUGGCUUGCCAUUUACAAACCGAAAAGAUUCAGCUUGUCAUGGAUCACAAACUGGACAUGCAUUAUCGUUGGUGUACUUUUGAUGGUAUUGGCUCCAAUAGGCGCAUUGAGGCAGCUCAUUCUUCAAUCUAAGAACUUCAAGUUUUACUCUUGAUUAAACUUUCUUCAAGGAGAAAGAUCAGGGAGUGCAUCAAUCGACAAGCUGCAUGCUGAUGUGCUGUUUAACAUUUACUCUUUUUUCUUUUUCCCAUUUUUAUUUUGUUUAAAGAUUAGAGAUCUUGGUUAAUGUAGUAAAAGUACAUA